UGGGGAAGACUCCAGACCUGCCUCAGUUCCCUGCAGCCUCACCCUAGCUAUUAAAAUGCACUGUCAGCCAAUCAGAAAAUUUUUACCACGCGUCGCUAGGCAGAUGUGUUACACAUAGCCAAUGGGAAUCGCCGUGUGGGAAGCGGGCGCAGGGAACUGAAACAGACCGAGUGACAGCGUCUGAGUCCCGUGGAGGAACAUCACGGAACCUCCGUGGAAAAACCCUGCGACGCGGUCAAGAUGCCGAAUAAAACCAAGAAGGAGAAGGAAACGACCAAAUCUGCCAAAAGCAGCACGAAGAACAACAACAGCAGCAGCAGCGGGAAGGAUGGAGCCUCAGAGAACUCUGACGAGUCACAGCAGCAGCAGAGCGGCAGCAAACGUCCCAGUAACAGCACACCGCCUCCGACCCAGCUCAACAAGAUCAAAUACUCUGGAGGUCCUCAGCUGGUGAAGAAGGAGCGCCGCCAGAGCUCGUCCCGCUUUAGCCUGACCAAGAACCGGGAGCUGCAGAAGCUACCUGCCCUCAAAGAUGCCCCACCUAUUGAACGAGAGGAGCUGUUCGUGCAGAAGCUGCGUCAGUGCUGUGUGCUGUUUGACUUUGUCAGCGACCCGCUCAGCGACCUCAAAUACAAGGAGGUGAAGAGGGCGGGGCUUAAUGAGAUGGUGGAGUACAUCACACACAACAGUGAGGUGGUGACAGAGUCCAUCUACCCCGAGGCUGUCAUCAUGUUUUCAAUGAACUUGUUCCGGACUCUUCCUCCAUCCUCUAACCCAACUGGAGCAGAGUUUGACCCUGAGGAGGAUGAGCCCACGCUGGAGGCGGCCUGGCCUCACCUACAGCUGGUGUAUGAAUUCUUCCUUCGCUUCCUGGAGUCUCCAGACUUUCAACCAAACAUUGCCAAAAAAUACAUCGACCAAAAGUUUGUACUGUCGCUGCUGGAGCUGUUUGACAGCGAAGAUCCCAGAGAGAGAGACUUUCUGAAGACCAUCCUCCACCGGAUCUACGGCAAGUUCCUCGGCCUCCGGGCGUACAUACGUCGUCAGAUCAACAACAUCUUCUACAGAUUUAUCUAUGAGACAGAACAUCACAAUGGGAUCGCUGAGCUGCUGGAGAUCCUGGGCAGCAUCAUCAACGGCUUCGCUCUGCCGCUGAAAGAAGAACACAAGAUGUUUCUGAUCAGAGUUCUGCUUCCACUUCAUAAAGUCAAGUCUCUGAGCGUCUACCACCCCCAGCUGGCUUACUGCGUGGUUCAGUUCCUCGAGAAGGACAGCAGUCUAACGGAGCCUGUGAUCAUGGGUCUGCUGAAGUUCUGGCCCAAGACUCACAGUCCGAAGGAAGUGAUGUUCCUGAACGAGCUGGAGGAGAUUCUGGACGUCAUCGAGCCAUCUGAGUUCGUCAAAGUCCAGGAGCCACUCUUCAGACAGCUCGCCAAGUGUGUGUCCAGCCCACAUUUUCAGGUGGCAGAGAGAGCUUUGUACUACUGGAACAACGAGUACAUCAUGAGUCUGAUCAGUGACAACGCAGCAAAAAUCCUCCCCAUCAUGUUUCCUGCCCUCUACAAGAACUCCAAGAGCCACUGGAACAAGACCAUCCAUGGAUUGAUUUACAAUGCUCUGAAGCUCUUCAUGGAAAUGAACCAGAAGCUGUUUGAUGACUGCACCCAGCAGUACAAGGCCGAGAAACAGAAAGAGAAGUACAAGCUGAAGGAGCGCGAGGAGGUCUGGCUGAAGAUCGAGGAACUGGCCCGACAGAACCCACAGAGUCACAAGCUCCACCCACUCCGCCCUGGACUCCACCCACAGGAGGAGUACAUGUUAUACAGCGACAGUAAUGUGGCCGUUUACUCGAUGGAGACGGAGACGCCAACCGCUGAGGACAUCCAGCUGCUGAAGAAGACCGUGGAGAGCGAAGCCUCACAGGGUCUGAAGGACCUGAAGAAGGACAAGGUCCUGAUGAGGAGGAAGUCGGAGCUGCCGCAGGACGUCUACACCAUCAAAGCUCUGGAAGCUCACAAAAGAGCUGAGGAGUACCUGACAGCCAAUCAGGAGGCGCUCUGACCGGGACAGGUGGACCUCUCUGAGCCAGGCUCCGCCCCCCCUCGGCCCUUCUCUGUGGCCAGGAAGUUAUCUCUGUCAUGGAGAAGCAGAUAAGGACGGAGCAGACGCUGCGUUCAAGAAAAAAAGAUGAAAAGAAACUGAGUUCCGCCCUCAGGUGGCCAAUGACAAGUAGGACACUGUAGAAGCUCCGUCCGUCCACGUGCCGUUUGUGUGUCAGCGCUCCACUGUGAUUGGACAUCAGCUUCAUGUCGCACUAACACCUCCACCUGCUGCUGCUCUGUCUCCACUCAACCACUGCUGAUGGUACCUGAACGCCUCACCGGCAGCCUUUCCACUGCAGGAGUCUAACAACCUGUGAACACCCUGCCACGCACAUGCUCACGUUUCCAGAUCAGCUGAUCGGUCAUGUGACACCGAAUAGGCAUCCUCUUCAGACUCGAGACUGAAGAUGAUGAUGAUGAUAAGACACACAGAUGUCCAGUCAGGAAGCAGCCCCGCCCCCCAGAAAAAAAAAGACCUGAUAGGUUUAAAAUGUUUGUAUUGAUGGUGCCACUCAAACGGCGUCGUGACAAUUUCAGAGGUUUAACUUGUUGAUGAAAGGUUGCCUGUGAUUGGUCGGUGCAGUUGCGGUCAGCGUAAAUUAGAGUUUUGGACCGUCACAUUUUAUGGAACAUCAUCGGUUCUGAUUUACGACCUUUUCUCUGUAGUGGGCGGUUGUGUUCGCAUACUGUACGAUGGCCACGCCCACUGUAAGUCAUACCCACCUGCACCUCUUUUCUCCAUUUGUUUUCAUUGGCUGCUUCUCCCCCUGACAAACGAUGUGUCCUUCAGAGAUUCUGCUGUCAAUCACAAUCAGUGAGCAUUCCAUUGGGCGGGCGGGAUAGCCCCGCCCCCUUCCUCCCUCGCUGCUGGACAAAAUGGCUACCUGAAACAAAGUUCUGGAUGUGAUGCAGGUCCAUGUACCCAUCUCUGGGGGACACGGUGAACAGUGUUUGUCCAGUAGCGAGCAGAUCUUUGCACACCUGGUGGCGAUGUUCUCCGUGUACUCGAGUCGUGACACUACAAUCUGAACGCUGCUUCCUGUUGUCAUGUACAGAUGUUUAAUUAGAGCAAGCAUUACAUCCAGUCUGAUUUUGUACAGAUGUUCAUGUAUGUACAGAACAAAUAAAAACAUACAGUCAA